UCCGUUUUUUUUCAAAAAAAAAAAAAAAAAAAAAAAAAAAAAAAAAAAACCCUUGAGGGGCACGUGAUGUCUUCGCACGCAAAGGAAAGAGGGAAAGAGGGAGAUCAAGAGAUGGAGAGAGAGAGAAAUAGCAAGCGAGAGAGAGAAAGAGAGAGAGAGAGAGAGGGAGAGAGAGAGAGAGAGAGAGAGAGAGAGAGAGAGAGAGGGAGAGAGAGAGAGAGAGAGAGAGAGAGAGAGAGAGAGAGAGAGAGAGAGAGAGAGAGGGAGUCAAAGAAAGUGAGAGAGAGCAAGAGCGAGGGGGAGAGAGAGAGAGAGAGAGAGAGAGAGAGUGAGAGAGAGAGAGAGAGAAAGAGGGAGAGAGUGAGAGAGAGAGGGGGAGAGAGAGAGAGAGAAAGAGGGAGGAGAGAGAGAGAGAGAGAGAGAGAGAGAGAGAGAGAGAGAGAGGGAAAGAGAUAGAGAGAGAGAGAUAGAGAGCGACAGAGAA